UUUGAGAGGCCGGUACCGGGCGGUGCGCAGUGGUCGUGCGGGUUUUAUCGGUCUGGAUAUCGGCAGCACCGAGGCGGACCGAGACCCGUUAUCCGCCAUCAUCUGGACGCUUUGGGACGAGACGUGUCCGCGGCGACGCGCAUGGAGUGCGGUCCUCGGGGUGAAGAUGAGGAGGGGGUCGUUGCCAUGGGGAUCCCUAGCGCUCCUGUAUACUGCAUCUGCAGGAGACCCGACAUCAACUGUUUUAUGAUCGGCUGCGAGCGCUGUAAUGAAUGGUUCCACGGAGGAUGUGUCGGCGUCUCUGAGAAAACCGCCAAGAGCAUCACCGAGUGGUUCUGCCAGAGCUGCAGAGCUAGCGACGGUCGGCUGGAGAUCAAGUUCCGGCCCAAGAAGCUGCGGGAGGAUCCGGAACAUGGCUCCUCCUCCAGGGUGGACAGGAGGCGGGGCUCACAGGUGAAGCGCUCGGCCCGGAUGUGCGGUGAGUGCGAGGCGUGCCUGCGGACGGAGGACUGCUCGCUCUGUGACUUCUGCAAAGACAUGAAGAAGUUUGGCGGCCCGAACCGCAUCCGGCAGAAGUGCCGCCUCCGGCAGUGUGAGGUCCGGGCGAGGAAGAUGCUGCGUGUGAAGGAUGAAGAGGCUGGGGGCGGGGGCCGGGGGCGGGGCCUCCAGCGGAAGGGGGUGGGGCAUCUGUCGGAAGACGACGACGGAUUCAGCGAGAGCGAAUUGGAGCUCUACCAGCAGUACCAGGCGGCUGGCUACAACCACCUGGUGUGGCAGACUGAGGAAGAGGAAGGAGAUUCCGACCCUGCCGUGAGGAAGAGGAAGACGGCUGUCAGAGUGAAACACGUCAAGAGGAAAGAGAGGAAGACAGAGAAGAAGUCCCGCCCCUUCCUGUGUCCCGGUCUGCUGAUCUGA